CUCCAUCGAUCCCUCCCUUCGAGGGGUUCCUGCAUCACCCCAGCCGUUCGGUAGUCCCGUGCACUAGUGACGCGACAGCCGUGCUCUUUUGGAUCGUCCAUCGAAGGGAGCAAGGACCAUGGACGAGACCCUCAGCCUGGGUUACGUCCCCUUGGGACGGAGGCGGAAGAAGGAAGAGAGAUCUGGAGAAUCCCCCCAGGACAAGUGUCAUGGCGUCUAUUUCGCCCUACUCCUCGCCGGUGCAGGAUUCCUUCUCCCCUACAACAGUUUCAUCAUCGCAGCGGAUUACUACUUGGAGAGGUUCCACCGGACGACGAUCGUGUUCGACAUGAGUUUCCUCUACAUCAUGGUCGCCUUCGGGGCAGUUCUUCUCAACAAUCUCCUGGUCGAGGCCCUUCAUGUCCACACCCGCAUCUCAUUCGGAUACGCCCUUUCGUUCCUCACUUUGAUGUUCGUCGCCGUCUUUGAAGUCUGCUUGGAGGCCUUCGAUACGUCCACAGCCUAUCGAUUGAAUCUGCUCGCCGUCGCCGUCGUCGCCGUCGGUUGCACCGUUCAGCAAUCCAGUUUCUACGGCUACACGAGCAUGCUUCCGCCGAGAUACACCCAAGCCGUCAUGACCGGAGAAAGCGCAGCGGGGCUGAUGGUGUCGACGAAUCGGAUCGUGACCAAGUUGUUGUUGGACGACUCGAAGGCGAACACGGCCAUCUUUUUCUUCAUCUCCAUCCUCAUCGUGUUCCUCUGCUUCGUCCUCUUCCAGCUGGUCCAGAGGACGGAAUUCGUUCGCUUCCACGUCCAACAAUGCCGGGAGAACGCCAAGAAAGAUGUCGUCUUGUCCUACGAUAACCCCAACGCUCUCCAGCCCGAGACUUCCGAGGAAGUCGGAUUGGUGGACAUUCUUCAUGCAGCAGGAUCAAAGCAGCAUUACGGGCUGUGGAAUGAGGAGAGCCCAGUGGAAGCGCCUGACUCAGCCUUUCAUUCUGUGGAAAACAUCCAUGCUUCCAAUGCCCCAGAUUUAUACGUGACGAACCCCGUGUACGAAGCGACGUACGAAGAGGGAGAAUCCGGACCGAGAAAGGAAGGCAUCUGUCACUUCGAUCCCACGCCUGUCAUCCAGCAACCUUCCUCCAGAAUUACCCGAAUCUGGCUGCGAAUCAAGCGUGGGGUGGAGAGCCGGCUGCAGAUCUCCCGUCGAGUCUGGUCGUACAUGAUAAGCUUAUCCAUGGCGUAUUUCGUCACUCUCAGCUUAUUCCCCGGCAUCGAAUCCGAGAUCCUCUCCUGUUCCCUCAAGUCCUGGAUGCCCGUCCUCCUCAUGGCUGCAUUCAACCUCACCGACUUUCUCGGCAAGGUGUUGGCGGGAAUCCCGUACCCGUGGCGUGCGAGGCAGUUGAUGUUGGCCUCGGUGUGCCGGAUAGUGUUCAUUCCACUCAUGCUCAUGUGUGCAUCUCCCCGGGCGAGUCCCCUCAUCCCGGGCACAGGACCUCCAAUCCUCUUCUCCCUGGCCCUCGGCCUCACCAAUGGCGUCUUCGGAUCGCUUCCCAUGAUCUUAGCCGCUUCUAAGGUCCCCGACGACCUUAAGGAACUCGCAGGUGUGUCUCCUUCAUUGCAUCACACAUGGGCUGCAUGAAUUGUUUCCUCAUUAAUAACAACCAACGGACAGAUUUAAGAGAAAGAAAAGCUUUUGAAGGCCC